AUGAAAAUAUGUUCCGAUCCGCUAGACACGGUACGAUCUACUGGAUCGAACCAAAAAUGGUGUAUUCCAUUACCAGCUUGUUAUACAACAAUUAUUCCAUAUGUACCUACUAAUGUUGAAUAUAAUGGUCAACAAACAUCAAAUAUCACUACUGUUAAUUUUGAUAUUAAUAAAUAUAAUGAUAUGAAUAUCAUAGAUUCAUCAUUAUGUGCUAACAAUCAAUUAAUUCAACGUAUUCGACAUAAAAUCGAUCUCUAUCAAACACCAUCAUCGAAUGAUGCACGUCAAAUUCUUCAACACUUAACUGAUAUCGUAAAAAAACAUGUACCAGAUUUUGUUUUUAAAGAAACAACUGAUAGCAAGCCAAAAAGUAGUCAAUUAGAAUCAAGUAAUUGA